CUCCCCCACCCAGGCCCGGACAGGCCGGCACUUCACGAUUUGGACAGCUACAAUGAGGCUUUUCUAAUCCUCUUGUUGUGACUCUCACAUGAUUGUGGGAUUCCUCACUGAAGCAGAAGCUGAAUGCUCCCUGGUGAACAACGUAGUCCUGCUACUGCAUUAGCCAAACUGUGCAAAUGCAGGGAAAGAAGAGUCUUGAAAUGGAGGGCUACCCGUUCCUGAAGAACUUUUGGAAGAAAAAUGUGAAUCAAGAGCCUACAGAGACAAGCCCACUGGUACCAAAGGAUGGUAAUUGGCAUGCAGCAACCUAUGGCAUCGCUCAUAAGGAGUGUCCUACAGUGCACUGCUGGGAAACUCAACAAGACUCCUUUACUAAAGAUGAGGGGCCAAGAGAAACGAGUGAAAAGUUUAGUUGGAACCAAAUCUGGCUUCUCCAGCACAGAAGGAACUUCAACACAGAGCACCUCUGCCUCUUGCCAGCCAAACAAUGGAAUCAGAAACCCAUCAGUGUGAGCAGCUGCUGUGUGAAAUAUAUCCUCGUGAUUAGCAAUCUACUUCUCUCCCUGCUUGGCCUGUUGCUGCUAGCUAUUGGAGUGUGGGGGCUCGCUGACAAAGGCUCUUUUGCCCAAGAAAGAAUAGGACAUCUGGGAGCAGACCCCAUGCUGGCCCUCCUGCUGCUGGGGCUGAUUAUCUUCUCACUGACCUUUGCUGGCUGUCUGGGGGCUCUGCGGGAGAACGAGGGCCUGCUCAGGAUUUUCUCCUGGGCUGUGAUGGUAUUGAUUGCCAUCGAGGUCCUCGCUGGAAUCAUAGCUUAUUUCCUGCAUAGUCAAAUUAAUGGAUAUCUAAGGAGUAGCUUACUGUCAUCGGUGAGGUUAUACCAGGAUGAUGCUGAUCUCCGGUUCAUCAUGGAUGAAAUUCAAGUUGCUUUACAGUGCUGUGGGGCAGACACGUACCGUGAUUGGGAGCUAAACAUGUACUUCAACUGCACGGCACCUGGAAUCCUGGCCUGUGGGGUGCCAGCCUCCUGCUGCAUCAAUCCUCUGGAGAAUGGCACUGUUUGGAACUCGCAGUGCGGCCUGAGCAUACAGCAGCUGGAUGAGUUCACGGUGCAGAGCAUUAUUUACAUGGGAGGCUGCCUUGGGGGUUUAUCACGCUGGCUACAAGGCAACGCAUUUAAUAUGGCUGUAGCUGGUGUCGUGCUACUGGCUGUGCAAGCCCUAGGCCUAAUCUUGGCGUCUUAUUUGCUGGGUGAUAUCAAGAGCAUUAAAGCUGGAUGGCAGCAGCCAUAUGAUAACAAAUGACCAUAAUGGGUUGCUAUAAAUGCUCACAGCUUGGGUACUUUUUGUCCUCCUCAUCUAAUGAAGAUGUCUUGCUCCAGAAGGAAAGCCUUGGAUUUCUGUGCAAACAUUGUAGGACCUGUGUCAAAAUUUAUGUAGUAUUUGACCGCCACUGCCUGUAUGAUCCUUGGAUACUUAACACUCGGGGCAUACCGUUAACACCAGGGUGGGGAAAGAUCUGUCGGUGUUAGCCAAUGUUGGCAUCUGCCUGUUUUUUUUGCCUAUUUUGGACCUUCUGUUGCUCAUUCUUAAAUUUUUUGUUUCCAUGUUUAGAAACAUGGAUGAGUCAUCUUCUCAGACAUUCAACUUCUCUUUGUUUUGGGCAUGUGCCAUCCUUUGACUCUUGUUUUUUUUUUGUCUCUUUCUCUUUAUGGUGGGUUCAUCUAUUGGCCUCCACUAAGUCACUGCUUGUUUUGCCCCAUCUGUUGCCUCGUGUCUUUGAGUUUCUGGUUUUGCUGGAUUAAGCAGCACUUUGUGGAGUUAUCGGGCUUUGUCUAUCUGGUGCCAUCUUUGGGCUGGUUUGGUUUGUUUUGUAUAUUCUGAUUUUUAGCAACAAGAGGAUCAGAGUUCUGCCAACUUCCUAUCAUCUUUCAUAUGGGCACCAAUUUAAAAUGAGAGUCUUUGUAAGUGGGAGUCUAAACUUGAAUGUUUUACUACACCUGCAUAAAAAAAAUCAAAAUUAUUUUAUCACUUAUUCAAUUUUGUGGUUCUGUUAAAG